CCCAAACGAACAAACCACGUGGUCCAAGUUUAGAGUGAGUCGUCUGUGUGUGCCAUGUGUUGUCUGGCCUUUCCGCAACUGUGCCAUACAGGUACCACCCACUGUCAGGUUUCAGGCUGCCGAAUUCCCGGUGGGCUGUUUAAAAUGGCCACGUUUUCCGGCCCGUGAUAUCCUAUGUUGACAGUGCAGUUAUACAGUUCCCUGUGCCUACGCCUACAUACCUCAAAUGUCGCAUUGAGAAUUAAACUCAGACGCUCGUACGACUUUGACUUGCGGCACACUCAUCAAGGUCAGCCCACCCUGCGCCAGCCCACUCUGGUCACCGUACUUCGGUGUCUGAAUAACCUUCGAAGCCUCAAGACUCCUCCUAACCGACCAUCUUUCGGAGCCAUGGCAUCCUUCUUUCAAGAGCUUUGGGAGUCUAUCUUCACGCCGGGCCCGACGCCCACCCUGCUCGUCGCCACAAACGUCACGUUCGCCGCCCUGCAAAUCGUGCUGGCCGCCCUGCUCUUCGCAACCUACAGCGUGCACUUCGUCGUGCUGUCGGUGCUGUGCGGCGGUCUCUGGGCGGCCAUCAAUUGGUUUGCGCGCGAGCUCAAGGUGCACCAGCAGCAGGAAGAAGAAAAAACGCGGCGCGCCCUGGUAGCCCGGCCACCACCACCGGCGGCGGCGGGGUCGUCAGACGACAGCGAGACCGAAGUCGAGGCGGCCACGUCCACGGCGAGUCUGCGCAGGGCCCUACCAGUGCCGACAAACAAGCCGGCUGCGGCUGUCAGUACGGAGGUGGAGGCGGCAGAGGCGCGCGGGGAGCUGAAGCAUAGAGCUAUUGAGGAGACUCCGAGUCCGAGCCAAGGGCAGAAGAGCACUGUCAGUACUGAGGAUGAGUGGGAGAAGGUGUCGGAAAACGAAAAUGAGAAGGACAAAUAGGAAGUAGCCAUAUUUGGCUGGCUUAUUACGAGGUACGACGGCCGUUUGACAGCGAGGGAACAGAACAUAGCGUGGCGCCAUUCAAUCUGAUAUGACUGCAAUGUACAUACUUCUAGCCAAGCUGCCAGGGAACAUGGACUUGCGAUGGGCCUGGGCCAGCGGCAGCAGCUCAUCAACAGCUCUGUCGUUUCCAUACAGCUGAGCAGCAAACAUCUAGCAUGCAACCCAUGCAGUGAAACCCGCUCCUGUUAAUCGCUGAUGGGCCCCAACUACGAUGAAAGCCUAGGUACUUG